AUGGUCAAUGCAUAUGAACUGUAUGGUAACAACCACAAGAGUGCAGCUUCGUUCUUACUGGCCCAAACCAUGAGUGGCUUCUUCUAUCAUCGAUUAUGGGGGACCUUGGGCAGGAUCUGCGGAAAAGAUCCGGUGUCCCCUAUCUUCCUUGAAUCAAACAAGCACAGUUGCUGGCACUACGGGGAUGGCAAUGCAGCUAGCAGUGUUCAGUCUGCUCGCAAAUGGUCGAAGCAAAGCAUGAUGGAAUCACGCAGCACAGUCUUUGGAAGAUUCAAGCCCGUCGAGAUUGGUACUCUAUUAAGUGGUGAUUCAUCUUCAUAG